AUGUGGGGUAAACUAGGUAUUGAUCAGAUUGCAAGACUAAAUGCUGGGUAUACUCUUGUUAAAUUCAGAGAUGAAGUUACUCGAGAUUUGGUGUUGGAAGCUGGUGUUAUCCAUUUCGAUAGAAAACCAGUUAUAGUGAGACCGUGGACAAUUGAUUUAGCUGAUAUGAGGUUAGUAAAAUCUGUUCCUGUUUUGGUGAGAUUUCCUGGUUUGAGGCUACAAUACUGGGGUACUAAAUGUUUGAGUGCCUUGAUGAGUACCAUUGGUAAGCCUAUACUAGUAGAUAAAGUAACAAAAGAUCGAUCUAUGAUGCAAUUCGCUAGGGUGUUAGUGGAGAUUGAAAUAUCAGAUGAGGUUCCUAGGUCCAUUCAAUUUUUGAAUGAAAUAGGUCAAUUGAUGGAACAACUAUUGGAAUUUGAAUGGUUGCCGACUCAGUGUAAGCAAUGCAGAAUUUAUGGUCAUACCGAGGCUUGGUGUAAUAGAAAACAGGGUGAGGUUUGGAGGAAGAAAGAAAGGAAUAUUGAAGGAGAAUAUAAACAACAGUCCACUGAUCAGACAAUUUUAUCAGUUACUACAGGUUUAGCUAAUGAGGCAGUCUCAAAAGACAAACAGAAAAAGGAAGUUGUGCGUAAGGAGAGAUGGGACACAAGGGAGGCACAGGAGGCAGAUUGGAUCACUCCUAAAAGAAUGGGUGGUGUAAAGCACUUAGCUCCUAGUUCUCGGAAUAAGUUGAAGAAUUCAUAUAGUGUUUUGGAAGAUAAGAGAAUGGAGCUCAAUAUUAUGUCAGUGGAAGUUUUACAAGACAGUGAUCAGUUUAUACAUGCUUAUGUUAAAGAGUUGUGUUCAGGUAGAGAAUUCUGUUUAACGUUUGUGUAUGGUAGAAACACUAUUCAGGAGAGGAUUCAGUUAUGGCAGGAUUUAUCUUGUCUAUCUUUUCCAUUUACACCUUGGCUUGUGGCUGCAGAAUUAAAUUCUGUGUUUGGGUUUGAUGAUUGGCUAGGAGGGCGUGUAGUGUCUGGUGCAGAAAUGGCUGAUGCUCAGAGAUGGAGAUCUAUGGGGUUGGUGGAUGAGCUUCGAUCUAUUGCUAUUUCAGCUUUGGAAUUAGGCUUUAAUCCUUUCUGUUUCUUCAAUAUGUGGACUGAACAUGAAGGUUUCAAGGAAUUUGUUAUGCAAAGCUGGCACAAGUCGAUCAAAGCUCAUGGUUUAGAGGGAAUUACCAGGAUAUUGGACCCUCAUUCAGCUGAUUUUCAAAGAGAGGAGCGGUCUACUUUUGAGACUUUUGUUUAUCAAGCCAAAUACUAUGAUAGUUAUCUAAGGCAAAGGAGCAAAGUCAACUGGCUUAGAUUUGGGGAUGAUAAUACAGCCUAUUUUCAUGCUUGUUUGAAACAGAGGAAGGCCUCUAAUCGAAUUACUUCGUUUAUUAAUGAUGCUGGGCAGGUCAAUGAGAAGUUUGAGGAUGUAGUGGCUCACUUCUUAAAUCAUUUUCGUAGUAUCAUGGGUAGUCACAGUACGACUUCUGUUCCAAUUCAAAGAGAGUGUUUUAUUCAUGGAGGCAACUUGUCCUUAGAUCAGCAGCUGAGAUUGGUAAAACCUUUCACCAAGAAGGAUGUUAAAGAUGCUAUGUUUAGUAUUAAUUCGAUUAAGAGCCCAGGUCCUGUUGGAUAUUGUUCAGGUUUUUUCAAAGUAAUGUGGGAAGAGAUAGGAGAUGAAAUAUCAGAUGCUAUUUUGGGUAUUUUUGAUCAUGGUUUGCUGCCUAAUGAACUUAAUAAUGAAAAUCUUUCGUUGAUUAUGACGGUUGAGAAUCCUACUAAGGUAGUGGAGUAUAGACCCAUAGCUUGUUGUAAUACUCUGUACAAAUGUAUUUCAAAAAUGCUAUGUGGUAGAUUGAAUAAGGUUCUUCCUCUGUUAAUUAACCAAAAUCAAGGAGCAUUUUUUAAAGAUAGAUUGUUGGCUCAUAACAUUCUUAUCUUUAAGGAUAUCAUUAAAGGUUACAAGAGGAAACAUAUCUCCCCUAGAUGUGUGAUGAAAGUUGACCUUAGCAAGGCCUAUGAUACGAUAGAUUGGCAAAUUUUGGAGGAUAUUCUUACAGCCUACUGUUUUCCUGGUCAGUUUAUUAGAUGGGUUAUGGUUUGUUUAAAGGGCACAUCUUACUCAAUCUUGAUGAAUGGUAGAAUUCAAGGAAGCUUUAUUGGUAGGAAGGGUCUUAGACAAGGGGACCCUAUUUCUCCCUUGCUAUUUGUUCUUGUUAUGGAAUACUUUACUCGGUUGCUUAUUCAAGCUUCCCAAAGUAAGGAAUUCAGAUAUCACUCUAAUUGUAAGAAGCUGAAUUUGGUUAGCCUUUGUUUUGCUGAUGAUUUGGCAGAGAAGGAGUCUAAGAAUAUUCUGGCGAGACUUCAAUUUACUGAAGGUUUUUUCCCUCUAAAGUAUCUUGGAGUUCCUCUCAGGCCUACUAAAUGUAAGGCAAGUGACUGUGCUGCUAUUAUAAAAAAGAUUCACUUGAAACUUCAUCAUUGGUCCAGUCGGCUUCUGUCAUUUGCUGGGAGAGCACAGCUUAUUCACUCUGUUUUAUUGGGGAUAAGAUCGUUUUGGAUGAGUAUAUUCCUCCUCCCAAAGAGUGUCAUUAAUGAGAUUGAUCAUUUAUGUAGAAGAUUUUUAUGGGGGACUAGUACAAGUAAUGAAAAUAGAAGCAAAGUUCAUCUCACGACUUGGGAGCAGGUUUGCUUGCCUAAAAGUUUAGGUGGUAUUGGAUUUAAGGAAGGGUCUAAAUGGAAUAAGGUGUUGUUAGCUAAGUUCCUUUGGGUUAUUUCGUCUAAACAAGGUAUCCUUUGGGUGAAAUGGGUGGAUGCCAUUUAUCUCAAAGGGCAGAGCUUUUGGGAUUAUAAGUUUCAUUCUGAUGUGAGCUGGUACUGGCGUAAGCUGGUUAAUUUGAAAGUUCUUAUCACUAGAGAUGUGCUGGAAAAGGCAGUUAAGAAGAACAAGCUUAAUAUGAGAAAUCUCUAUGUUCAGCUGCUAAACAAAGAGAGGGUUCGUUUUGCUAAUGUGGUUUGGUGCAAUCUGGCGAUUCCCAAGCAUAGAUUUAUUUUAUUGCAAGCUACUAUGGGGCACUUACUUACUAGAGAUAAUAUGGUGCAUUGCCAUUUGAAGUUAGAAUCUGUUAUGUGUCCGACUUGUGAUAUGCAACAGGAAAUCAUGGCCAUCUGUUUUUAA